GGAUAAUUCGCCUCUUCUCUAAAUUCACAACUUCACAACAAUGGCCGUCUUCGUUCAGCGCCCAGCACCAGCCUUCACGGCUACCGCAGUCGUAGAGGGUGAAUUCAAGGAGGUCUCCCUGUCCGAAUACCUGGGCCAAUGGGUGAUUCUUUUCUUCUACCCAAUGGAUUUCACGUUCGUUUGUCCAACUGAGAUCUUGGCUUUCAACGAUGCGCUUCCUCAAUUCAAAGCGCUGAAUGCCUCCGUUCUCGGCGUUUCCACGGAUUCUCAGUAUUCCCACUUUGCGUGGGCGCAGCAACCGAGGAAGCAGGGUGGCAUUGGACCCGACCUCAAGCUACCUUUGGUUGCGGACAGGAACAUGACAAUAUCCAAGGACUAUGGUGUCCUCAUCGAGGAGGAAGGCAUUGCACUGCGUGGUUUGUUCAUCAUUGACCCCAAGGGAAUCGUCAGGCAAAUCACCGUUAAUGAUCUGCCCGUUGGUCGAUCUGUGGAUGAGACUGUCCGUCUUCUCAAGGCCUUCCAAUUUGUGGAGGAACAUGGGGAGGUCUGCCCUUUGGGCUGGACUGAGGGUGCUAAAACCAUCAAGCCGGACCCCAAAGGAUCUAUAGACUAUUUCUCGACGGUGGACGAUGCGGCCAGCAAUGGUCAUGUGAACGGAAGUGCCAAGAAGCGUCUUCGCACGGAUUGAUGGAAGGGUUUACACGACAGCUAGAUGUAAUCACGGUCGACGCGGUUAGAACACCAAGGUAGACUUUUGAUAUUUAGCCGUUUAAUUUUUACAUACAUAUAUUUUGCAUACCACUAUACAUACCUUAUGUUACUUAUAUCCUGACAUG